AUGGUGUCGAUAACUGUGCUUAUAUCUGGCUCUGGCACCAAUCUCCAGGCUUUGAUAGACGCAGAGAAACAGGGGAAGCUCGAGGGGCAAAUCACGCAGGUUAUUUCUUCUUCCGAUACCGCGUAUGGGCUAACCAGAGCACAGAAGUGUGGCAUCCCCACCAAGACUCAUCUUUUGAAAAGCUACUACAAGGGCAUCCCCAAGGAAGAGACGGAAAGACGCAAACUGCAGAGAGAACGGUUCAAUGUCGAGUUGGCCAACUUGAUCAUAUUUGGUUCGGUUGAUGGGACUCCGGUUGCGGGAUACACCAAGCCUGAUUUGAUUGUGUGUGCCGGGUGGAUGUUGAUCUUGUCGCCCAGUGUGUUGCAGCCAUUGGAGAAAGCCGAUAUCACGAUAAUCAAUUUGCAUCCUGCGUUGCCUGGCGCCUUCGAUGGCACGCAUGCUAUUGACCGAUGUUGGAAAGCGGGCCAAGACGGAGAGCUCACAAAGGGCGGGGUCAUGAUUCACAAGGUGAUUACCGAAGUUGACCGUGGUGCUCCUAUAUUGGUUCAAGAGAUUGAUUUGAUCAAAGGUGAGCCGUUGGAACAGUAUGAGAAAAGAGUCCAUGAGGUCGAGCAUCUUGCCAUCGUUGCGGGAACCAACAAGGCACUACAAGAGUUGGCGAAAAAAUGA